GGCCACGCGUGUGGCUCCGCAGGCUCCCAGCUGGCCCCGAGCCUAGCCAAUCGCACGAGCGCAGGCAGGAAAGGGGGAAGGGAAGGCAGCUUCGAACUCGGCAGCGCGGCUCUGGCCCAUGGGGGACCCUUGAGCCAAUCGGAAGCAGCGGGAAGAAAGGGCGUGUCAAAGUCGGGGCCUUUGGCUAACGGCUAUUGGCUGAUUCCAGCCGAGGCUCAGCCAACCAGAGUAGUCGGGACAGCAAAUGGCUACACGGAGUUCUAUGUGGCCGGGAGCGCCUGGCGCGCCUCCCAGCCUGCCCCUCCCCCGGGUAAGAGGCGAAGCGUGGGAACGGGAUGGGGGAGACGGAGCCGGAGCCAGAGGGCGAGCGGCGGUGGUGGCGGCGGCGGGAGCCGGCAGUGCAUUGAGUUGGCACUGGAGCAUCGCCACCCGCCCGCUCACUCAUACAGGCGGGCAGCAGAGUUGCCCCCUCCUCUUCCUCCUGUACCGGCUGGUAGCUCAGAUCGGCGGCAGCAUGAAGCGGGCGCACCCGGAGUACAGUUCUUCUGACAGCGACGAGUUGGAUGAGCCCAUCGAGGUGGAGAAGGAGAGCGCGGACGAGAAUGGAAACUCGAGCUCGGCUCCCGGUUCAAUGUCUCCGACCACUACUUCCCAGAUCCUAGCUAGGAAAAGACGCCGAGGAAUUAUAGAGAAGCGGCGGCGUGAUCGGAUCAACAAUAGCCUAUCGGAACUGAGGCGACUGGUGCCCAGUGCUUUCGAGAAACAGGGAUCAGCCAAACUGGAGAAAGCUGAAAUCCUGCAGAUGACUGUGGAUCAUCUCAAAAUGUUGCACACAGCAGGAGGGAAAGGCUAUUUUGAUGCCCACGCCCUUGCCAUGGACUACCGGAGUCUAGGUUUUCGAGAGUGCUUGGCCGAAGUCGCCCGCUACCUUAGCAUUAUCGAGGGUCUUGACACUUCUGAUCCUCUUCGUGUCCGCCUUGUGUCUCACCUGAAUAAUUAUGCCUCUCAGCGAGAAGCCGCAAGUAGCUCACACACUGGGCUUGGACACAUUCCUUGGGGCAGUGCCUUUGGACAUCACCCCCAUAUUUCCCAUCCACUGCUACUGCCUCCGAAUGGGCCUACUUCUACUAAUGGCACAGCAGCCUCCACGGAAGCCCAUCACCAGAGUAGAAUUGCUGCUCACACUGAAUCAUCUUCACUGAGAGUGCCCCCUAAUGGGAACAUUGGACCAGUGCUUCCUGUGGUUGCCUCCACUUCUAAACUCUCUCCUCCUUUGCUAUCUUCCAUGGCCUCCCUGUCUGCGUUCCCUUUCUCUUUUGGUUCUUUCCACCUAUUAUCACCGAACGGGCUCAGUCCGUCUGCACCACCACAGCCGGCCAGCCUUGGCAAACCCUACAGACCAUGGGGGACCGAAAUUGGUGCUUUUUAAGAACUAGCACAACUGGCUGUGUGUAUGUGUGUAAAUAUCCAGCUGAGGUGUUUCCAGUUUCACUUUUAAAACUCUUUAAUGGUUUAAAAUAAAAGGUACAGUUUUGGAUUUAACAGAGUUUGUACAAAAGGAAUGUUUCUCCUCAUUUAUACUUUGUAUUAGCAGAUGGAUUUUUUUUAAACCUAGUUGCCAGAAGCUUAUCCAGUUCUUUAUCACAAUAGAGGUUAAUUUUUUAAAAAUAGAAUUAUGCUGAAUAUUUCAUUUUAUGAUGUAAGUGGUAUUUCUUGAAUGAUCCUGUUUGACUGAGAACACUGGAUCUUUUUUUAAAAAAAAUAGAAUUUGUCUUUUUUUAAAGCAACAAUUUGUAAGUCUUGUUUAGCUUUCAAAAUCACGUUUUUUCAGCCUUAACACUUUUGUUUCUGUUAAUCUGUGACACUGAGAUGUUCUACCAGGAGAAAUCCUUUGUAGGCUAUGUUUUCAUAGCUUAUUUGGUUACAAAACUUUUUAUAGUUCUGAGCAAAAGCGUUGACAAAUCAGAUGGACCAGCUUUAUCCAAGAAGAAGAAAAUUUAUUUCUAUGGUUUCUGCAGUGGCUUUUGGGUUCAGCCUCGUGCCCAGUAGGCGUAUAUCCUUACCCUUGCUCUAAUCCUCAUGCCAAAUGGUUUUUGCCCUUUCUCCAUGGGAGAAAAAUUCUGCAAGAGUCACAAAAAAGCUAGAGACUAAGGUCCUGAAUUUUAAAGCACUUACCUGCUUACUCCAACUUCUGAUAUAUAAUUUUAUUGUUUCUAAGAAGGAGUGUUCAUAAACUUAGAGAUCAGUGUAGGUUAUAUUGGGUUUUGGGAAGAAAAAGCCCAUCACAUGCUGUAUUGCGACAUUCGACAGGCCCUCACCUUUAUCUUGCUUGGUCUAAUUAUGAACUUUCCAACUAUACAUCUUCAUUUGGGGUUAAUCUGGGCAGGUAUCCAGGUUUCAGCCCAGAGGAAUGUGCUACUAAUAUGCACCAGUACAUCUAGAGAUGAGGGAGCUGUAGUUGUCCUGUCAGUUUUUUCCUUUGGUUGGUUUGUCCGCCCUCUCUCUUUACUUGAACAUGUACUGUCACAGAGAAGAUGGUUGGGUGGAGGGCCAGGGUUAGGAGAAACUACAGCUAUCUUGUCUUCUGCUUUAUUGCUGCAUUGACAAAGCAGCAUAUGUUCCCUGGGUUGAAAUCUGGCACUCCUACUCUUAGGUAUUACCAUAAGAUGUAGAAAGCUAUGAUCAUGUUGCAAUUGCAAAAAUCUGGCAGCUAACAGAUUUUGAUAGUAGCUAUGGAACCUUGAGGAAUUGCAGUUUAAAACAAAUACACACAAGUUUCAUUGCUGCAGCAAAAUAUGCAGAGUUAGUGAAAAUAUUUCUGCCUGAUAAGUAUACGCAUUAUAUUAACAGGUUUCACUGAUGUUUAUAGAUUAUGUUCACUGAUAUUUUUAGGCUUUAAGUGGUCUUCCGAUAACUGUGGAGUUGAGAAUUUCAUUCAUUCAUUCAUUUGAUUUCUAUACCACCCUUCCAAAAAUGGCUCAGGGCGGUUUACACAAAGACAUAAAGAAAUAAGAUGGAACCUUGUCCCCAAAGGGCUCACAAUCUAAAAAGAAAUGUAAGAUAGACACCUGCAACUGUCACUGGAGGUACUGUGCUGGGGGUGGACAGGGCCAGUUACUCUCCCCCUGCUAAAUAAAGCGAAUCACCAUGUUAAAAGGUGCCUCUGCCAAGUUAGCAGGGUCUUUGCCAAGUUAGCAUUCAGUAGAAGUUCUGGUCCCUCUGGGGCGCUCUUAAUUCAUGUUUCUUGAGCCUGUGCACCUAUUGCUGCAAAACAUAAUGUGGAUCCAAAAUCUUGCUUUCCAAUCCAGAAGAAAAACUGGAAUGAUUGCUAAAUAUGCAUACAGCCAAAAUCAUUUAAAUAUAUUAUUUGAUGACAUAUGAUAACUUUUCCCUCUGAUAGAAUUCUGGAAUCAUGUUGCAGAAUUCAGGAUUUUGUAGUGCAGAAUUCUAGCAUCCCAGGGUGAACAUCGCCUAUAUAGACAUUAAUGAAACGUAUUAGAAUAAUGCAUAUAAUUAUUAGGCAGAAAUGUUUUCACUGAUAGUUUAAAAACUUUUUUUGAGGGUAAAAUGAAGCAGAUUGCUGCAUUUGGAAAAGGUUCUUACAUAUAAUUUGGAUCAAUUUCCUCGCAGUUUGUUUCUUAAAUGGCUACUCUAAGUGGAUUCCACCAAGCUGGGUUUGAUCACUUUUGUAUUUGUGCCUAAAUAAAAGAAUAAGAACAAAAUGUUGACUAGCAGGGUUUGUCUGGCUAGACAGAAUAAAGAUGAUGUCUUCAGAAGUUUUUGGCAAGGUGCUACCUUAAACAUAAUCUUUCCAGAGAAUGCAUUUUUACAUUUUACUGUAUUGUUUUCUAAUACCAUUCUGUGAAUAAUGUUUUGAAAUAAGUCUUGAUAAAGCGAGCAGCAUUAAGAAUUUC